UUGCUGACUGUGACCACGAGCAGUCCCAGCUUCUCCAGCAGCUCCAGAUAACCCUUUUGAUGUAUUGCUGGAUGGACGGGAUUUGCAGUGCCCUGCAGUCCCGCUGAUACAAAAAUGCCUUUAAGAUCCUGCCUUUCCCAUCCUAAUCUACAAAGGAAACAGGAAAAAGGAACUUAAACUCCCUGUACUCAGACAGCAAUGAGACUGUUGCAGCCUGCGCCAGUGCUACAAUUUCUUGCCUGUGACUUGUAAACAGCGUACCAUGCAGGAGAGGAGUCAACAGUAAACAUCGACCCGAGAAAACGAUACUCCAUGAGUGACUGUAAGAACUGGAUGGAUAUAUUUUGGAAAGCAUGGACCCUUUAGCACAUCUAGUUCUUUAUGGAUUCAGCCUGAUGAUUUCAGGUAAAGUGGAAGCAGCACUGGACCUCAUACUGAUCAAUUCAUUCCCUCUGGUGGGCAACUCCGAGACAUCACUUAUCUGUAUCACUUCCAAAUGGCGUUCCCGUGAGUCCAUCACGAUAGACCGAGACCAGGACGAUGUGACAAACCAGCACCGGGAACCACUGGAGGUUAAUGAAGAUUCGAAGAGAGCAACAGCCAAAACAGUGGUGUGGAAGAGGGAACAGGCCAGUGAAACUAUUGGAGCAUAUUACUGUGAAGGGAAACUCAAGGACGAGGUGACAAGGAUACACACCAUGAAGAUGCCACUGCAAGCCUCAUUCCACCCAGUGGCAUUAACCGUUACAGCGAACAGGGGAGAGCAUGUGAAUAUUUCUUUUAUCAGAAUGGCAGCAAAAGAAGAAGAUGCAGUGAUCUACAAAAAUGGUUCCUUCAUCCACUCCGUGCCCAGGCAUGAAGUGCCAGGGGAGCUGCAAGUCUCCUAUCCUCAAGUUCAACCACAGGACGCAGGGGUUUACUCUGCCAGAUAUAUAGGAGGAAACCUCUUUACUUCUGCUUACACAAGGCUUAUUGUAAGACGAUGUGAAGCUCAGAAAUGGGGCCCUUCCUGUAGUUCCCACUGCCCUUCCUGCAUGAACAAUGGCAUUUGUCAUGAAGAUACUGGGGAAUGCAUCUGCCCUCCAGGUUUUAUGGGAAAAACAUGUGAGAAAGCUUGUGGAGCCAAUACAUUUGGCAAAACAUGUGAAGAGAGCUGUAAGGAAAACUAUGGCUGCAGAAACUAUAUGUUCUGUCUGCCAGAUCCAUAUGGUUGUUCUUGUGCCACAGGAUGGAUGGGACUGGAGUGUGAUAAAGAAUGCAAACCUGGUUUUUAUGGGUCAGAUUGCAAACUCAAAUGUAAUUGUCACAAUCGAGGGAUAUGCGACAGAUUUAAAGGCUGCAUCUGCUCCCUUGGAUGGCAUGGUCUGCAAUGUGAAAAAGAAGGUUCAGCAGAUCUUUCACCUCAGAUAGAAAACUUACUAGAUCCUGUAGAACUCAAUUCUGGCGUCGAGUUCAAGCCCUUCUGUAUAGCAACUGGGAUGCCACUUCCUAAAUCUGAAGAAUUUAAACUUUUGAAGCAAGAUGGAACUGUCCUAAAGCCUGCCCUAGCUGUUACCAGUAAUCGCUCGGAAGCCAUGUUUACAAUUAAUCGAGUCCAGCCCCGUGACACAGGAACCUGGGUCUGCAGUGUGCAGACAGUAGCAGGAAUGGCGGAAAAACCAUUUCAAGUUACAGUCAAAGUUCCUCCCGUGCCACAAUAUGCCCCAAGGCUGACAGACAGUGGACAUAAUUUUCUCAUAAUUGAUAUCAAUGCUGAAUUACAUCUUGGAGAUGGACCCGUUGUGUCAACAAAACUCCUGUACAAGCCAGCAAAACGUUAUCAGUCCUGGAUGUCUGUGGAAGUAAAAGGCACAACCAAACGACUGGACAACCUGGAACCAAAAACAGAAUAUCAGUUCUGUGUUCAGCUGAGCCGGCGAGGGGAAGGCGGGGAAGGCCACCCUGGACCACAGGCUAGCUUCACAACAGCUGCGCUUGGUCUUCCUCCACCAGAAGGUCUCACUCUCUUUCCAAAAAGUAUGACAUCACUGAAUUUGUCAUGGCAUCCUUUAACACUGAGGACAGAGGAUGACAUUCGUGUUGAAGUGGAAAGGAAGAGCGUGAAUGACAAUGGUGACGAGAGCAGUGUUAUUACUCAAGUGCCAGGAAAUAUGUCCACCCUGAUCAUUAAAGAUCUUGAGCCUAGACAGCAAUAUAUGUGCAGGGUACGGGUGAACACCAGGUCCCAAGGAGAAUGGAGCAACUAUCUGUAUGCAUGGACUUUCAGUGACAGAAUCCCUCCUGCACCGUACAACAUCAGGUUUUCUAACACCACAGACACAUCCUCAGUCAUCUCCUGGACAACUGCUGAGGGUCAUUCCAUCUCCUCCAUCAUCAUCAGCUACAAAAUUUAUGGCAAGGCUGAGUACAACCACAUCGAUAUUAUCAUAAAGAACACCAGUAUUACUCAAUACCAUCUCAAGGGCCUCGAGCCAAACACUGUGUACCAGGUUCAGAUUAAUGCUCAGAACAACAUUGGCUUGAGCAACCCAAACACAUCAUUUGAACUGAAGACUCUUCCAGAAACUAAAGCUCCAUAUGAAUCAAAAGGAGGCAAAAUGCUGCUUAUUGCCAUCCUUGGCUCUGCAGGGAUGACCUGUAUAACAAUUCUCCUAGCCUUUCUCAUCAUGCUGCAGUUAAAGCGAGCCAACUUCCAGCGCCGAAUGGCUCAGGCUUUCCAAAAUGUUGUGAGGGAAGAGCCAGCUGUACAGUUUAACUCAGGUACUCUCACCCUGAGCAGGAAGGCAAAAAACAGCCCAGAUCCCACUAUUUAUCCAGUUCUUGAGUGGAAUGACAUAAAAUUUCAAGAUGUCAUUGGCGAAGGUAACUUCGGGCAAGUCCUGAAAGCACGCAUUAAGAAAGAUGGCUUACGCAUGGACGCUGCAAUUAAAAGGAUGAAAGAGUAUGCCUCCAAAGAUGAUCACAGAGACUUUGCUGGAGAACUUGAAGUUCUUUGUAAACUUGGUCAUCAUCCCAACAUCAUAAAUCUUUUGGGAGCAUGCGAACAUCGGGGAUAUCUUUACCUUGCGAUUGAAUAUGCCCCCCAUGGAAAUUUACUGGACUUCCUUCGGAAAAGCAGAGUGCUAGAGACAGACCCAGCAUUUGCUAUUGCCAACAGUACUGCAUCUACACUUUCCUCUCAGCAGCUUCUGCAUUUUGCAGCAGACGUUGCUAGAGGGAUGGACUACCUGAGCCAGAAACAGUUUAUUCAUCGAGAUUUAGCAGCAAGAAACAUCUUGGUAGGAGAAAACUAUGUUGCAAAAAUAGCUGACUUUGGCUUAUCAAGAGGUCAAGAAGUUUAUGUUAAGAAGACCAUGGGUCGGCUUCCAGUGCGAUGGAUGGCAAUAGAGUCUUUGAAUUACAGUGUAUACACCACAAACAGUGAUGUAUGGUCCUAUGGUGUCCUAUUAUGGGAAAUCGUUAGUUUAGGUGGAACACCAUAUUGUGGAAUGACCUGUGCAGAACUCUAUGAAAAACUGCCUCAAGGGUACAGACUGGAAAAGCCUCUCAACUGUGAUGAUGAAGUGUAUGACCUAAUGAGACAGUGCUGGAGAGAGAAACCAUACGAAAGACCAUCGUUUGCUCAGAUACUGGUGUCACUGAACAGGAUGCUAGAAGAAAGAAAGACCUAUGUGAAUACUACCCUGUACGAGAAGUUUACUUAUGCAGGCAUUGAUUGCUCUGCUGAAGAAGCUGCUUAAAACAGGCGAAACCUUCAGUAACCAACGAUGCAUUGAAGAGAAGCAAAACUCAAUCUGCUGGAGCCCAAAAUGUGAUGUGCUGUGUGGAACUGUGUAUAGCUCUAACUGUACAUAGCACAGUCAUACUGUUUUACUACAGAUAUGUGUAUAUCACACAGUAACCUCUGCCUCCACAGGCUGUCAAAGUGUAUAUACUAUUCAGAGUAGAAACAGACCAAAGUCAUGAAAUAUGCUGUUUCAUAUGCAGGGUUUUCUUUUUUCCCAGUCAUGUAGAUACAGUGUAUACAUGCAAUUGUUGUAAUGCAUUAGGUAUUGCCAUCUUAAGGUAUUUUUGACACUUAACAAGAGCUACUGAUAGCAGAAUUGGUAUAUUAUAGCAGUAUUUCAUAGAGGUUUCAUUGUGGUUCAAAGAAAAAUGCUAAUCCUAAUGCAACAAUGGGAGUUGGAAGCAGAUGUCAAUCCAGUAUGCUCUGCAAGGAUAAGUAAAUAUUAAGUAAGAGUUCUAUGUGAAUGUUAAAGUGAGCUAGUAGAAAUAAUCUGUUCAAAAAUUCUAUUGACACUUGUAAAAUAUAAGGCAUGCUAUUUCUCUUUAAUUGUCCAGUUUAACAGUCAAUGUUUGCCUAUAUGCAAACUACGCCUAUGUUUUGAAGUGUUUCGUGCUAUCGAAGGCAGCCGUACAGCAAUUAUCACGAAGCCUAGGAUCAAGGAACAUACUAUUAGGCUGGUGCAAAAGUAAUCGCGGUUUUGUACUCCAAAUUUUAAAUCCUUAUAACUAGGCUCAAACGUACCUUUAUUAAUCAAAGCAGGAACCAUUACAUUCAACACAUUUUGCCAAUGAGAAGUAAGUUUGUUUCUUCCUAUAGCAUAAAGAUCUUUGGGAUUCAGUGGGCUCUUGGAAAGCAUUUUGUGCAUCCUGCUGGUUGUAGAAGCAUUUUCCCUGCAAAAAGUUGUUCAGAUACUUGAAGAAGUGGUAGUCGGUUGGUGAGAUGUCGGGUGAUUAAGGUCGAUGAGGUAAAACUUUGUAGCCCAAUUUGUUUAACUUUGGAAGCAUUGGCUGUGCAACGUGCAGUCUGGCAUUAAAAUAGAGAAGAGCUGGGCCCAUUGGUCUGUUGACCAACGCAGGCUGCAGGCUUUGCAGUUUUCAGUGCAUCUCAUUGAUUUGCUAAGCAUCCUUCUCAGAUGGAAUGGUUUCACUGGGAUUCAGAAAGCUGUAGUGGAUCAGACUGGCACCAGACCACCAAACAGUGACCACGACCUUUUAUUGGCACAAGUUUGGCUUUGGGAAGUGCUUUGGAGGUUCUAUUGGUCCAACCAUUGAGCUGGUGAUCGCCAUUUGUUGUAUAAAAUCCAUUUUUCGUUGCACGUCACAAUCUAGUUAAGAAGUGGUACACUGUUGUUGCGUAGAAUAAGAAAAGAUGACACUUAAAAGUCACAUUUUUCUUUAUUUUCAAUCAGCUCAUGAGGCAUCCGCUUAUUGAGCUUUUUUUCACCUUUCCAAUUUGCUUCAAAUGCUGAAUGACCGCAGAAUGGUUGACGUUGAGUUCUUCAACAACUUCUUGUGUAUCUGUAAGAGGAUCAGCUUUGACGAUUGCUCUCAGUUGUUCAUUGUCAACCUCCGAUGGCCGGACACUACACUCCUCAUCUCCUUUGUGAAACUUCUUGACCCACCACUUCACUGUAUGUCCAUUAGCAAUUCCUGGGCCAAGUGUGUUUUGGAUGUUGCCAGUUUGUCUCUGCUGCUUUAAUACCCAUUUUGAACUCUAAUAAGAAAAUUGCUCAAAUGUGCUUUUGUCUAACAUCAUUUCCAUAAACUAAGAUAAAUAUAAAAUAAACAGCAAGUAAUAAGUCAUUAGCAAAAAAUAAAGCAAGAAAAGCACAUUAAAAUGAUGUAUAACAUAGCCACGUUUAUUUAAGAAUGUAUUGAAAUAUCAAACAGCAAUUUUCAACAAUGCAAAAACCGCAAUUCCUUUUGCACCAACCUAACACAUAUUGUAAAACACAUGUUUACAAUUAAUGGGGAUAUACAAGGGGAUUACUCAAUUUGUAUUUCAUUUAAUAAUUUCACUGCAUAAUUAUAGAUUACUACCUAUUAUAUAAAAGAAGGGCUUACU